AUGGGUCUCACAUUCUCCAAGUUGUUCGACAAGCUCUGGGGGAAGAAGGAGAUGAGAAUUCUGAUGGUUGGUCUCGACGCUGCCGGAAAGACCACGAUUCUUUACAAGCUCAAGCUCGGUGAAAUCGUCACAACCAUCCCUACUAUCGGUUUCAACGUCGAGACGGUCGAGUAUAAGAACAUUCAAUUCACCGUGUGGGAUGUUGGUGGACAGGACAAGAUUCGUCCUCUAUGGCGACAUUACUUCCAGAACACCCAGGGUAUCAUCUUCGUCGUCGACAGCAACGACAGAGACCGUAUCGUCGAGGCUCGAGAGGAGUUGCAGCGCAUGUUGAACGAGGACGAGCUCCGGGAUGCUAUUCUGCUAGUCUUCGCCAACAAACAGGAUCUGCCCAACGCCAUGAACGCUGCUGAGAUUACUGACAAGCUCGGCCUUCACAGCCUGAGACAGCGCGCCUGGUACAUCCAAUCAACUUGCGCUACAUCCGGAGAUGGUCUGUAUGAGGGUCUCGAAUGGCUUGCCACCACGCUCCGUAAGGCUGGACACCAGUAA